UUUCUUACUUGGUGCUUGUACAGAUAUGCCAGAGUGCUAGAUUUUCUCAGCAGCAGGACAUUGCUUUGACAUUCUGCUUGCUUAUUUAACAGACAAGUCCAGCCAAAGAAGAAGCUUGAAUGGGGCAUGGCAGCAGUCUUUUAACCACAAAAGGAUCUGUAGAGGGGAAGAAAGAAUUUCCUUCUGUUCCGACCAGAGGUGGAGAGGAGGAGAACCACAUUGCUACUGUAUCACUAGACCAAGCUUUCCUUGCGCAUUCCUGGUACAAUCUGUAUGGUGUGUAGGAAGGAGCUACUGGUCUGGUUCAGGAGCUACGGGCCUAGAAGGGAGUCAUUCCUGGUUUGGGAUUUACUUUCCUGGUAUAGGAGUCAUCGCCUGGUUUGGGAGUUAGGGUCUGGUUCAGGAGUUAACAGCCUGGUCCAGGAGCUACCCCAGUGCUUUGAUAUCUGCCCUUUCAUUCCUCAGCAGGCAGGACUUUCUGCAGCAGUGAACACCAGAAGACAUUGCCUUGAGACACUGCAACGCCUUACAUCAUCACUGGUUGCUAAUGACAUCAGAUGAACUUUGGCCAAGAACACGGAACCCUGCAUGCCUGAGAGCCAACGUCAGUGGCACCUGUGGGGACUGCCCUGCUGAGGUCACACAGGGAACAUCCCCCACCCCGGCCAAGGGAUGCCAGGGGGCUGUGAGACCUUGCCCCGCUUCUCCCACCCUAGAAAGCCAGCUGUGGGGCUGGAUCCCUGCUAUCCAGGGUCUGGCUCCCCACUGCACAGGGGCUGGUUUGUGGCUGUCCCUACACGCAGGGAGGCUGCAUUGCUGCAAAGCGCCAGGAAGCUGCCCCUGCCCUGCAAGGAGGGCAUCUCAAUCCCCACACGACUUCCAGGUGAACACUUAAAAUGGAGGUGCAACAGGCAGAGGAUCACACACGAAACACCUCUAUUAAUUUCGUAUUUGCAGGGCGCUCGAUUACAGGAUGAAAUGCAUCUGUUCCCUUACGUUUCCCCCCACUGACUCCCUUCCAUGCUUACUUCCCCAACAAAAAGCGACCUUUCCCCUUUCUUUCCCCACCCCCGGCACCAUCACCCCGCUGACAUCACCGGAAGGCGCGUCCCGUCCCGUCCCGCCGGCCAAUGGGGAACGGCUCGGCCGGUGACGGUACGGGGAUUGAGGCCGAACCCGGAAAGCUCCGCGUUCAGAGCGCCGCCGCCGGCCCCAGAGUUCGCGUCGCCGCCGUCGUCCUCCUCCCGCUCCGCCUCUCCGCCUCUCCGCGCGCAGAUGGACCCGGUAGGAGUCGCCGCCGCCCCCGAGGCCGGGCCGGGCCCAGCCUGGCAGAGCAAGUGUCCAUGGGGAACUCCAAAAACCGCCUCGAUAUCGUGUUCCCUUGCCGAUGUUAUGAGUGAACAGCUGGCAAAAGAGCUGCAGCUGGAGGAGGAAAAUGCUGCUUUUCCUGAAGUAGUUGCUGUUGCAGAAGGACCAUUUAUUACAGGAGAAAAUGUUGACACUUCUAGUGACCUAAUGCUAGCUCAGAUGCUGCAGAUGGAAUUUGACAGGGAAUAUGAUGCACAGCUUCGGCGUGAAGAGAAGAAAUUCAAUGGAGACAGCAAAGUUUCCAUAUCCUUUGAAAAUUAUCGGAAGGUGCAUCCCUUUGACAGUGACAGCUCAGAGGAUGAAGUUGAUUGGCAGGAUACUAGGCAUGAUCCUUAUAGGGCAGAUAAACCUACUAUUACACCAAAAAAGGGUUUCAUAGGGAAAGGAAAGGACAUUACUACUAAACAUGAUGAAGUGGUUUGUGGAAGAAAGAACACUGCUCGUAUGGAAAAUUUUGCACCGGAAUUUCAAGUUGGGGAUGGAAUUGGGAUGGACUUAAAGCUGUCAAAUCAAGUCUUCAACGCCUUAAAGCAGCAUGCAUACUCUGAGGAACGUCGAAGUGCAAGGCUCCAUGAAAAGAAGGAACACUCCACUGCAGAGAAAGCAGUGGAUCCUAAAACACGUUUACUUCUGUACAAGAUGGUCAGUGGUGGAAUGCUGGAGACCAUCACAGGCUGCAUCAGCACAGGGAAAGAAUCUGUUGUUUUUCAUGCAUAUGGAGGAAAAAGUGCAACUGAAGAUGAUAAAGUUAUACCUCCAGAAUGUGCCAUUAAAGUGUUUAAAACAACUCUAAAUGAAUUCAAAAACCGUGACAAAUACAUCAAGGAUGACUACAGAUUCAAAGACCGCUUCAGUAAAUUGAAUCCACGGAAGAUUAUUCGCAUGUGGGCUGAGAAAGAAAUGCAUAACUUAACAAGAAUGCAAAAUGCAGGAAUUCCUUGUCCUCAAGUGGUUAUCCUUAAGAAACACGUCUUGGUGAUGUCUUUCAUUGGCCAGGAUCAAGUCCCAGCACCUAAACUAAAGGAUGUAAAACUUAAUAGUGAAGAUAUGAAAAAGGCCUACUAUCAAGUUCUUAAUAUGAUGCAACGGUUGUAUAAAGAGUGUAAUCUGGUCCACGCUGAUCUGAGUGAAUACAACAUGCUUUGGCAUGAUGGAAAGGUUUGGUUUAUUGAUGUCAGUCAGUCUGUGGAGCCAACUCAUCCUCAUGGACUUGAAUUUUUGUUCAGAGACUGUAGGAAUGUUUCACAGUUCUUUCAGAAAGGAGGUGUGGCAGAAGCACUUAAUGAGCGUGAACUCUUCAAUGCUGUCUCAGGUUUAAAUAUUACAGCUGAAAAUGAAGUGGACUUCCAAGCAGAGAUUGAAGCCUUGGAGAAGAUGAAUGAAGAUCAUGUGCAGAAUCAUGGAAAGAAAGUGUCCACGUUUUCAACUGAUGGAGACCCACCUAUAUAUAAUGAAUAGCACUGGGUGUGUAGCUGCUUUAACAACAACAACAACACAGACUUGCUGCUACUGACAUUGUUGGUGCAGUGGUAAAUGUCAACUACCAAUGUCGAGAGAGUGGUUGACUGGGAUUGCCAAAAUGGAAAACACAGUGAGCAUAUGGUGAUGCCUCAGUGUGUUUUUUCUUUUUGUUUGCUUUGUUUUUAACUUGGCCCAUGCAUCAGGCUGGCACUGGGAGGAUAAAAUGUCACUACUUCUGAGGAUAGUCUGACAGCAUCACCAAUUGUCUGCUCACACUAGGCUGAUUUAGCUGAGGUGGUCAUAUUUUGCAUGAUUCAGAGCUUUUGUUUUAGUGUUAUUUUUUUACACCUAAAAUACAUGGAAUGUGGCUCUAACUGUCUCAGUAAAUCCAAUUAGAUAUUACAAGAAAUGGGUCUUAACUAGCAGAGGACUUAUUUGACAGGCUAAGAAAUCCAGGUUGCUUAACGAAGUAAGUUCAGUUACCUUUGGCCUUUAAAACAAACAAAUAAAAAACCACAAGUAAUUAAAGAACUUGGUGCAAAUUAAAAAAAAAAAAAAAAAAAAAAGAAAAAAGCCCUGUAUAAUCUUGCAUCUCCACUGAAAAUCUGAGUAGAGCAUCAAACCUCCUAAUUCAUCCAGAAGAGGAUCAUAUACUCUGAAAACUAAAUACUGAUCAAAAUUACUUUUAAAUGAACUUACAAAUAGUAAGUAGAAAAUGUAUCUUUCAUGCUUUUAUUCUUAAUGUCAGUCUUCUAUUUUAUCAAGUUUUAAAAGUCUAGCAAUGUUUCUCUGCAGCGCAUUUAAAAAUGACUUGAUCUAGUGGAGUGGUUUGGAAUUAAGAAUUUCUGAUCAACUUUUCAAACUCUGCAGUUUUUGAUGCCGCUCUUUAUCAAGCAAAAUAUAACGUUGCUGUGUUACAUUCUCCCAGUGUACUGUGGAAGUGAUUUGGUUUUGUUUUUAUUAAUUGGAGGAGUGGUGGCAAAGUAAAAACUGAAGAUCUUGCAGUGGUA